GACGAAAUCAUCAGGGCCAAGAUGGAGGAGCUGGAGAACAACCCCAUGAACCCUGGUGAAAAUCCCGACGACUACUUCAACCAGAAGCACCUACUUCGCACCCAGCUGGAUAAGAUGGGAGAACCCAUCUCCGACCGCCGCUUCAAGGACAUCUGCGUACAGGGCUUCUCCGACGAAUACAAGGACGUCAAACUGAUGGUGUUCGGGGACCCAACCUUCAACGUCCUGGACAUGCCAUCCACCAUGCGCAACAUCUUCUUGGACGAACAAUCGCGCAAGGGAUGGAAGGGACGCAUAGCUGGUCGAGGAUUUGCCGUGGCAACGACCGCGGCGAAGAAGAAAACGAAGCCCGCCGGAGCUACCAAGUGGUGCUCCAAGCACAACACCACGUCUCACUCGGACGAGGAAUGCUACCAGCAAGGAGGAAAGCGCCCGGAAGACACCAAGGACUCAAGUAAAGCAUUCACCGCGUGCUCCAACUGCACUCACUGCUCGUCGGCGUCCAACAAGCACGACUCAAACAAUGAAGUGGCAGUUGUCGACUUCACCCGGGACGAGGACGCCUUUGACAGCGGCUUCAUGUUCGGCACGUGUUCCCGCAUCUCAGGACGCAACUUCGCCGCGAGCUCCACCGGGGUAGGCCUGCUGGUAGACACGGGAGCAUCGGAGCCCAUGUUUGACAAUCGCCUCAUCCCCGACGGAAACCUCCACGAUUACACCCAGCGAAACUCUCCAAAGAUCGUGGACGUGGCCGGAGAAAGACAACUCAAAGGCACGGCCACGGGCAUCCUACACUGCACCGUCAAGGACAAUCGAGGACAGCAAUUGCGCGUGCGGAUUCAGGGACUCAUCGUUCCGGGACUUGGUCGCAACAUUUUUUCGCCCACCUCCCUCCUGAAAAGGGGAUUGCGCUGCGUCGGCGAAAAGAGCACUCCGCACCUCACUAUCCAAGGCAAGGUGAUUCCACUCACACAAGAUCCGCGAGACCAAGGCAUGUGCACCCUCGACAUCACGUUCGAGCAGAACGUCCAGCCAUCUGGCACGAAAUCCCUCGUGCCCCACCAGAAGCAGUCACAGACCCACACGGCGAACGCCGUCUGCUUUACGCUAGUGAGCGCGGACACCUGGCACAGGAGGCUUGGACAUCUCAAUGCUCGGAGCCUGGACAUCCUUCGGAAGGACACGGGUACAGAGGUGGACUAUCGCGACAGUCUCUCCCCUUGCGGGGUCUGCCAGAUCGCGAAACACAAGCAGUCCCCCCACCCGAAGCAAUCGACUCGCGAACUGUCACGGCCUGGACAGCUUGUGGUCAUCGACAACAUGGGGCCUGUAAAUCCACCUGCGAAAUAUAAAGGCGGCUCCUUCCCGUACGCGUGCAAGGUCACCGACGACUACACGAAGAUGAAAGAAGUGUACCUGCUUCGCAAGAAAUCUGACACGACCGAGGCGGUGCACACGUACAACAUGUGCGUCGCAGCGGCAGGAGGCUACCGGAUCGAGACCAUCCGCUGCGACAAGGGAGGCGAGAACACCGGAUCCGAAUUUCGGGACUACUGCAAGAAUUCAGCUAUCAAGCUCGAAUACGCCGCCACCAACACCCCUCAACAAAUUGGUGUAUCGGAACGGGACGGACAAACCCUGGCCGGAGUCACCCGGUGUCUUCUGAAGGAUGGAGAUUUUCCGCCGUCCAUGUGGGGGGAGUUAAUGCUGACUGCAGCAUACCUGUUGAACAGGUCCCCACACUCAGCACUGGGAGGAGCUACGCCAUACUCGAAGUUGCGUAAUAAGUCACCUGAUCUCUCGGGACUUCGGGUCAUUGGAGCGCGCGCCUUCGUACACCACGAGAGAUACCGAAAGAAGCUGGACGACAGAGCUUUCGAAGGCAAGCUAUGUGGUUUCGGCCUCGACCCCUGCCGCUGCCGCCGCCCCUACCACCGACAAUAA